CCGGCUGCAGAUGCUGCGGGUCCCUGACUGUGGGCAACGGGAGGCCAGGAGCUGCUGCAGCCCCAGCCGGUGGCUCUGCAGGUGCUCCGGGACCGGAGCCCCCCGCCCCACUCAGCCCGGCCCCGCGGCCCCGCAGGGGAUCAUGAAUCCCGGUGACACAGGGUCAGGGGGCAGCCCCGGGACCUUAUUGCGAAUCGAGGGGAAAUGACCCCCGGGGCGGCCUCUGACCCGACCUUCAACUCCUAAUGACCGAGGAGGAGUUUACACCGGCCUGCGUGCGGGAGGCCUGGCGCAGGGGGGUGCCCAGGGGUGCCGGGGGCUCGGUGGGGCGCAGCCGGGGCCACCCCUGACCCGUCCUUCCUCCCGCAGCCGACCCCGUGGUGCAGAUCGAGGGCAACCCCCACUGCUGCUUCUUCAACUUCAGCCCCAAGAUCAUGUUCACGAAGGUGGUGAAGGCGCAGCUGUGGGUGUACCUGCGGCCGGUGCAGCACACCUCCACCGUCUACCUGCAGAUCCUCCGCCUCAAGCCGGUGACGGAGGAGGGCAGCCGCCACAUCCGCAUCCGCUCGCUCAAGAUCGACCUCAACUCCCGCAUCGGGCACUGGCAGAGCAUCGACUUCAAGCACGUGCUGCAGAACUGGUUCAAGCAGCCGCAGAACAACUGGGGCAUCGAGAUCAACGCCUUCGACCCCAACGGCAACGACCUGGCCGUCACCUCGCUCGGCCCCGGGGCCGAAGGGCUGCACCCCUUCAUGGAGCUGCGGGUGCUGGAGAGCAACAAGCGCUCGCGGAGGAACCUGGGGCUGGACUGCGACGAACACUCGACCGAGUCGCGCUGCUGCCGCUACCCGCUCACCGUCGACUUCGAGGCCUUCGGCUGGGACUGGAUUAUCGCCCCCAAGAGAUACAAAGCCAACUACUGCUCGGGGCAGUGCGAGUACAUGUUCAUGCAGAAGUACCCGCACACCCACCUGGUGCAGCAGGCCAACCCCCGGGGCUCGGCGGGGCCCUGCUGCACCCCCACCAAGAUGUCCCCCAUCAACAUGCUCUACUUCAACGACAAGCAGCAGAUCAUCUACGGCAAGAUCCCGGGGAUGGUGGUUGACAGAUGUGGAUGCUCUUAGACCCCCGCUGGUGCUGCCCCCUCCGCCCCGGGCCCCACGUCCAGCCAACAAACUCAUCUUUUCUUCCACUUUUUUUUUUGUUGUCGUUGUUAUUUUUUUUUAUAUAAUUUUUUAAAGAUACAAAGAACAAGCAUUGAAAUUCCUUUGAAUGUUGGGGAAAGAGAGCGAGAAUAAUAAUAACAAAACAAU